AUGAGUCGACACAGUAAGAAUGCGACGGCGACGACGCACUUUACGUACCGUGAGCGGGAGGCAGCAGGUCAUGGGACAAUAAAGCGACGUUUUGGUCGUGAUUCGCAACUAUCAUUUGGUGUCUGUUGUCUUUGUCUGGCGUCCACGAACAGCCGCAGUCCACUCGUGUCCCCCGACGGUUUCGUAUACUGUAAAGAGUGCAUUUACGCUAAUCUAUUAGCGCAAAAACGGACAAUUCAGGAUAAUGUAACAGCUUAUGAGCGCUUUAUCGAGUCUCAGGAGCGGAAAAAACAGGAAAAAAUGCUGCAGACGGAGCGUGAGACGCUUCAAAUGGCAAUGGGGAUGGCAGAAGGAGUCGGAGCAGGACAGAAACCGGAUAAGGCACUGCUGGCGAUGCAGAAGCUGAAGGAAAAAGUAGAUAGAGCUACAGACGAUGAGAAGCGCGAAGCUAUGAAGAAAACCAGCUUUUGGAUCCCAGAUUGUGCUCCCACACAGGAAAACAAACUUGAUAAGCCCGACACGAUGACCAGAGACCCCAUGAGUCUUGAGCCCAUGAAGCUUAAACAUUUGAUGCCCGUCAAAUUUGACUGGAAUACAAGUGCACCAGAUGGAAAACCUAAGGUGCUGUGUGCUGUGACCAAGAAGGAGAUUUCUCAUCAUCAUGCAGUAUUACUGAGACCCUCGGGACAGGUGAUUCUAGCGACCUGUUUGAAGGAUAUGGUGUUGCCUACCAUGACGUGUCCAGUGACAGGCCUUAAGCUGCGCAAGAAGGACAUUGUGCAUCUGCAAGCUGGAGGCACGGGUUUCAGUGCGCAUAGUACAGUAGAAGCGAAGAAGUACCGACCUACCAUGACUUAG